AUGGCUCCCGUGGCCAUGACGCGGCUGCUGUUUUUGUCGCGCGACUGCUGUGCCUGUCGCGUGGCUGCUUCUUAUGACGCACUGCUGCUUCUCAUCGGCGCCUGUGACGACCAGCAGUGUGUCGCGCGACUGCUUCUCCUGUCACGCGGCUGCAGUGGCGACUUCACUUGGCGUGCGACUGCUGUCGUUGACGCCGAUCAUCAGCAUGGCAUCUUGGUACGCGACUGCUGCUAUCUUCGCCCGUGGAUCUGUAUCAGAUGUGCGCGGCAGCAGCAGCUGAUGGCGGAUGCAGCAGCUCCCGACGCUCAUCAGCAGCAUCACCCGGCGGUCGGCAGCAUCAUCACCACCCGGCGGGCUGCGGCAGCACACUUCCUUGUGAGAGCUGGUGACGGGCCGCAGCUGCGGCUGGUGAUGCGGCGCCUGGCGGGCGGCAGCAGCACCAGCAGCUCCUGGCAGGCGGCAGCAGCACCAUCGCCCGGCAGCACGGCGGCAGCUCCUUGUGGCGCACGGCGGCAGCUCCUUUUGGCGCCCUGCACUAGCACAUGCCCGGUGACAGCAGUCGGUGAGCAGCGGCGGCAGCACCUGGCCCUCCCCCGAGCAGCUGGCGGCGCACGGCUGCAGCACCACCUGACGGCCUGCAGCAGUACCUGGCGGCAGCAACAGCUCUUGGCGGCAGCAACUGAUGGCUGCAGCGGACGGCGCAUGGCUGCAGCAGGAGCUGUCAGCCGGCACAAUGGUGGCACAUGGAAGCAGCAGCUGGCGACUGGCGAACCGCACCUGACCAUGGCGGCCGCAGCAUUUUCUGCCCGCCUGCAGCAUCACUUGGCCGCUUGCAGCAACAUCUGGCCUGCUGUAGCAGAUGGCGGCAGUAGCAGCACCUGGCCGUCCCCCGAGCACCGCCAGCAGCACUUGGCAGCCUGCAGCAGCACCUGA